CUAUACUGUCUUUGCUGUAAACCAGGAACAACAGUCGCGCAAGUCAUUGCGAGAUGGCUCAGCAAUUGUUAAAAAUAAUUUGCAAUCAGCAAGGAACAUUGGACUAUGCAGAUCUGGCAGAUAUUGGGUGUGGGACAGAUAUUAUCUGCGCUCUUGAUAAACUUGUUGAAAACGAUUUAUUUUCUAUAGGGGUGUGCAAUGGAAACAAACGCAUUAUUGCGAAAACGAAAGUUAGACGCUGCAAAGCUCAGCAAUGUGAUGGCUGCAAUGAUUUACACCUGUGUAAAUUUUAUCUGUUUGGGGACUGCAAGAAUAGUAGGGGGAGACGGACAUGCCGCUUUGGCCAUGACCUGCACUCCGAACAUAACUCCAGAGUUUUGAGAGAGCAUCAACUUGAGACGUUGAGUAGACAGGAACUCCGGCAGCUAUUAUUACAAAAUGACAACUCCCUCCUUCCACCGGUAUGCAACUCUUAUAACAAAGGCACCGGGCCUUAUGGCAAGUGCCCGGAUCAGGAGGGGUGCAGGAGACUUCACGUGUGCGACAGUUACAUCAGAGGAACCUGCUCCUCGGGAGCCGACUGCAACAGGUGUCAUGACUUCUUUGAGCCCCACCCACGGAGGACCCUGCAGCAAAGGGGAGUGCCUAACGAUCUAAUGGCGUCCAUGUUGUCCACCUACCAGAACAUCCAGGCCAUGAAAAGUGAAGGUGCCGGCGGUGCUUGUUCCAUCAACAGGCCCCAGAGCUGUCCUCCGAGAAAUACAGUGAGGAAUGAGAUCUGCCUGUUCUUUGUCAAGGGGGACUGCAAACAAGGAGAGAAAUGCUGGAGAGUCCACUUUAACAUGCCCUACAAGUGGGAAGUGAAGGAUGGACAGACUUGGUCAGCUCUGCCAGAAAACGAAGCGAUCGAGAGAGACUUCUGUGACCCUUCUAAGAUACACAGUGAGGGAUCUGAGCGUGUGCGUUUCGACUCCAUGACCCGUGGAUUCAGUGAAGUUCACCGUCUCUCCACAGUUUCCUCUGUGACCCAGCCCACAUACAUACUCACCACAGAGUGGGCGUGGUUCUGGGAGGACGAGUACGGCCAAUGGGUCCAGUACGCAUCCAUCAAAGAGAUGCAUAGAUUUUCAUCCAUCACCAGUGAAGAUCUUGAGAAAAGGUACCAGGAGGAUCAAAGUGCUGUGGUGAAGUUCACUGCAGGCCAGCAGUCUUAUGAGCUGAGUUUCAGAGACAUGACGCAAAAAAACGAAACAUAUGGCACUAUAAGGAUGGUCAGACGACGUCCUGUCUUUGUUUCAACUGCAGACACUCAAGCUGCAAGAAGCAGGAGAAAUGGACCACGCAACCCCUCUCAGAAUUUCAGAGCUGUUCCUGGAUUUUGGGACAAGUCUGCCAUACCUGACAUUGGAUACAAGACAGUCACUCUUCUGAGUUCUGACAGGGACUAUCAGAAGGUCCAGGAACUUUUCAACAAGACCAUGAGGGGCUUCCAAAUCACCAGCAUCGAGAGGGUCCAAAACAGGGACCUCUGGGAAGUCUUCCAGUGGAAAAGAGAUUUAAUGAAGAAAAACAAUGGAGGUAAAAACAGCAAGGAGCUACAUCUCUUCCACGGAACAGAUCCAAAACACGUAGAAGCCAUUUGCAGAGAUAACUUCGACUGGAGGCUGUGUGGAACCAACGGAACUGUGUAUGGCGAAGGGAGUUACUUUGCCAGGGAUGCCAAGUACUCACACAGCUACACCAGCCACUCAGGAGUGAGGUCAAUGUUUGCUUGUCGGGUGCUUGUUGGAGACUACACACGGGGGAACUCGGACCUCCGUCGUCCCCCUCCAAAAGGCGAGGGAAGCCCGACUCUUUAUGACAGCUGUGUGGACAAUGUCCUGGACCCAUCCAUAUAUGUAGUGUUUGAAAGGCACCAGGUGUACCCUGAGUUCCUAAUCAAAUACGAUGAUGGCGUCAUGCACUGGUCCUCUUCGGCUCCAGCUCCACCCAAGACUGUCUCUAUCCAAUCCACUUCCUUAACCCCAACAUCCAACCGGAUUCAAGCCACAGCUGCUGCUACCCCAUCGAAGAGAGUUCCAUCCACUUUGAAUCCAUCUAAAACUGCAGCCACCACUUCCUCAAAUCCAACCAAUUCUCAUCCCACUUUGCGUUUAGUCCAUCAGUCUCUCCCAAAACCUGCCCAGGCCCCAUUGAUAUCCAGUCAAUCUCCAGUCCUCAUAAUGCCAGACCCAAGUUCUCAAUUGGUGGAUACCAGCCUAGGCCGAGAUUUCACUCCCUCAUUUGCAAACCUCUCUCACACACUCACUACCCCAGCCAACACCCCUUCUCUUACGCUCACUACCCCAGCCAGUACCCCCUCUCGUACGCUCACUACCCCAGCCAGUACCCCCUCUCGUACGCUCACUACCCCAGCCAGUACCCCCUCUCGUACGCUCAUUACCCCAGCCAGUACCCCCUCUCGUACGCUUACUACCCCAGCCAGUACCCCCUCUUAUACACUCCCUACCCCAGCCAGCACCCCCUCUCGUACGCUCACUACUCCAGCCAGCACCCCCUCUCGUACACUCACUACCCCAGCCAGUACCCCUUCUUAUACAUUCACUACCCCAGCCAGCACAGCCUCUCGUAGACUUUCUCCCCAACCCAGCACCCCCUCUCGUACACUCACUACCCCAGCCAGUACCCCCUCUCCUACGCUCACGACCCCAGCCAGUACCCCCUCUUAUACAUUUCCUACCCCAGCCAGUACCCCCUCUUAUAAACUCACUACCCUAGCCAGUACCCCCUCUCCUACACUCACUACCCCAGCCAGUACCCCCUCUUAUACAUUCACUACCACAGCCAGCACAGCCUCUUGUAGACUCGCUUACCGAGCCAGCACCCCCUCUUAUACACUCACUACCCCAGCCAGUACCCCCUCUCCCUCACUCACUACCCCAGCCAGUACCCCUUCUUCUACACUCACUACCCCAGCCAGUGCCCCCUCUCGUACGUUCACUACCCCAGCCAUUACCCCCUCUCGUACGCUCACUACCCCAGCCAGUACCCCCUCUCGUACGCUCACUACCCCAUCCAGUACCCCCUCUCGUACGCUCACUACCCCAGCCAGUACCCCCUCUCGUACGCUCACUACUCCAGCCAGUACCCCCUCUCGUACGCUCACUACCCCAGCCAGUACCCCCUCUCGUACGCUCAAUACCCCAGCCAGUACCCCCUCUUAUACACUCCCUACCCAAGCCAGCACCCCCUCUCGUACGCUCACUACCCCAGCAAGUACCCCCUCUCGUACGCUCCCUACCCAAGCCAGCACCCCCUCUCGUACACUCACUACCCCAGCCAGUACCCCUUCUUAUAGACUCCCUACCCCAGCCAGCACAGCCUCUUGUAGACUCGCUCCCCAAGCCAGCACCCCCUCUUAUACACUCAUUACCCCAGCCAGUACCCCCUCUCCUACGCUCACUACCCCAGCCAGUACCCCCUCUUAUACAUUUCCUACCCCAGCCAGCACAGCCUCUCAUAGACUCGCUCCCCCAGCCAGCACAGCCUCUUGUAGACUCGCUUACCGAGCCAGCACCCCCUCUUAUACACUCAUUACCCCAGCCAGUACCCCCUCUCCCUCACUCACUACCCCAGCCAGUACCCCUUCUUCUACACUCACUACCCCAGCCAGUACCUCCUCUCGUACACACACUACCCCAGCCAGUACCCCCUCUUAUACAUUCACUACCCCAGCCAGCACAGUCUCUCGUAGACUCGCUCCCCCAGCCAGCACCGCCUCUCGUAGACUGGCUCCCCAACCCCCCACCCCCUCUCCUAUACUCACUCCCUCAGCCAGCACCCCCUCUCGCACACUUUUCCUUCCAACUGGCACCCUAUCUCGGCCUCAUACCCUCUCAACGACCACUACUCCCACUCCCUCAGCCAGCAGUACCUCUCACCCACUAUCCCGUUCAUCCUCAUUGAGCACACCUUAUCACACACUUUCUGACUCCUCAUACUCCUCCACUUACACACAAACUCCCUCACGCGCUUCCCCCUCCACGUCAAGCAAUUCUUCUAGCACACUCUCCCCCUCAGCAAGCAACCUAUCUCGGGUGUUCCCUCCCUCGACAGGUGCCUUCUCUCGUCCACUAACUACCACAACAAGCAUCACUAGAUCUCCUCCUGAGUCACUGUACAGUGUUCCAACAGCUCAAAGGAGGGACACCAAAGAAAAAAACAAGUGCCUUCUCCAAUAACUUGCCUUUGUCAGGAUUGAGCAGUAAGUUAAUGGAAAGUUUGAUCGCGAACUUCAUUAAAAUAUAUAUAUAUUAAGAAAGAAAAUGUAUUAAAAUGAUGAAUGAUAAGUGCAUUUGCAUAUUAAAGAUGUAGUAUAGCUGUGUAUCUUUACCUGUAAGGGCUUAACAACAGUAAAUCUGUUCACAACGUACCCGAAGUUUGUAAUAUUGCAAAAAUAUGAAUUUGAUGAUGAUGUUUCCUAUUCAGGUCUGCUGACACAGUCCAUACAUGAAACAAGUUUGAUUUCUUUGUUUUAAACUUAAACACUCAUAAAAUCAUUGAUUGUGGAUGUUUUUUGGACUAGCCUACUUGUUUCUAAGAGAUUUUCAAACACCCUAAUGUCAGAAACGUUAUUUACUUGGACACAUAUAAUCUUUAUUGACAUUAAACUGAAUCAAUGACUCA